UACCCAGCUAUGCACAAGCAGAGACAACCCAGAACGGAAAGAGCAACAGUCUCCUGAAACUCCAGCAAGUGGACAGUUUCCAACUUUGACCACUAAGAUAACACUACUGCUCCAUUUGCCAUUCUGAGGCCUCUGUUUAUGCUGCACCACAGAGAUGGAGUCACUACUGGGAGUAAAAAUUGGCUGCCUGUUUGCCCUGUUGGCUCUCACUCUGACCUGUGGCCUUAUUCCCAUCUGCUUCAAGUGGUUCCAGAUUGAUGCAGCUACAGGUCGUCACCGCCGGGUCCUCAGUUUCCUGGGCUGCAUUUCUGCUGGCGUUUUCCUGGGAGCAGGGUUCAUGCAUAUGACUGCCGAAGCCCUGGAGGGAAUUGAAUCAGAAAUUCAGAAGUUCCAGGUGCAGAACAGGACAGAAAUUAAGGGAAAUUCCUCUGAUGCUACUGAUUCAGAUCAUGUGGAAUAUCCCUAUGGAGAGCUCAUCAUCUCCCUGGGUUUUUUCUCUGUUUUCCUUUUGGAGUCGCUGGCAUUGCAGUGCUGUCCUGGGGCUGCUGAAGGAUCAACACUGCAGAAAGAGGAAUGGGGUGGAACUCACAUCUUUGGAUUCCACAGUCAUGAACCUCUACCCUCAGCCUCACGGGGUCCCCUUCGAGCCCUUGUCCUCUUGCUUUCACUCUCCUUUCAUUCCGUGUUUGAAGGUCUAGCUGUGGGGCUACAGCCAACAAUAGCAGCUACCAUACAGCUCUGUCUUGCUGUCUUAGCUCAUAAGGGGCUUGUAGUUUUUGGCGUAGGACUGCGUCUGGUGAAGAUAGGCACUGGAUCACGAUGGGCCAUGUUCUCCAUAUUAUUAUUAGCCCUCAUGUCCCCCCUGGGACUAGCCUUAGGGCUGACUGUGGCUGGAAGGGAUUCUGGAGCGGGGCAAGGCUUAGCCCAGGCUGUGUUGGAGGGUGUGGCAGCUGGCACAUUCUUAUAUGUUACCUUCCUGGAAAUUCUGCCCCGAGAGCUAGCUGGUCCUGAGGCCCCUUUGACCAAGUGGGGCUGUGUAGCUGCUGGUUUUGCCUUCAUGGCCAUUAUUGCUUUAUGGGCCUGAGAGUUCUCUAAUGGACCUAUCUAGGAGGACCGCUCUACCCGAGGAGACACCUCCCAUGACUUUGGCCCUCAGAUAUUUUUUUAACUAGGACUAAAUUAUAUCAGCUAGGUAUUCUCAUGGCCUGGACUUCAGCUUUUACCUACAUAAGAUCCCAUUUCUCACUCAGAAUUGAGAAAAGGAUGUUUAGGUUGAGUGCCUAUUUUUUUUUUUUUUUUUUGUCAUUACAAUUUUAUUCUUUAGGUUGAGUGCCUAUUAAUUGGAGAAUUGAUAUAAAGAUCAUUACUGCAGUUUUGAUUCUUGUCCCUUUUAUUCUACUGUGUACAAUAAAAUGUCCAUUUUAUC